GGCCCGGGUCAGCAAGGGCAGGAGCGUUGAGAAGGAGGGGGUCAGGGAUCAUGCCAUCAACUCACUCACCGCUGCCCGGUACUCCGGGCGCGGAACCAUCGCAUUGUGGCCGGGGAGGGAAGUAGCUCGGGUGGCUGAGAGCGGACAGCUGAACCGACUGCCACCUCGGCGCCUUCUGCCGGCCCACUCAUCUCUGGCAGUGCUCUCCAUCUGAACACCUCUCUCCUGCCGCUCGCCGGCCUCGCUCAUGUCAGCCGCUUCCCACAAAUCCUUAAGUUCUGACUGCCGCCAGUAGCAGGACAUGGCCUCACUUGCUGCGCUGGGUGACACUGCAUGGCAUUCACUGCCCGGUCCGUGUCUUUCAAUGUAGACAGUGAGGGGACCAGCUCAAGAGCAAAGAUUAUAGAGUGGAGUGGGUCAGCGGGCGAUGGAUGAUAACAGGACAGCGGGCGGUGGAACUUACUCCUGUGUCAGGGCGAGUUACCUCAAUUGGUUUUGUCAUUCAAUAAGAUCACAACUGAUUCAACUUGUCCCGGUGUGCUCCCGAUUUUCCCCCCACCAUCUCUCCACUUGCCAUCACCCUCCACCCCUCACCCAUUCAGUUAUUCAAAAUGGAGGAGAUCUGGAAGCUUUGGGCAAAUUGAAUUGUUACUUUCUUUAUUUUUAUUUUAUUUUUAUUUUAUUUUCAGUGUGAGAAAUUCUAUGUCCCGCCAGCCUUUUUUCAAAAUAUAGCAACUCAAAAUGGGCGAGUGUCUUCAACGCAGAGUGAGGCCAUAGGCAAACUGGAAGAAUAGCACCUCAGCAUCCUGCUUGGGUAGCAUACAAGCCAACCAUUGAAUUGCACGUUUUUACCUACAAGAAUCGAACAACAGUUUUGUCAUUUAUCCAUCUAUCACUAAGUAAUUCACUGGAAGAUUGAAGAACUGUAAAGAAAAGUAGGUCGUGGAGUUGAUUAUAAAACCAUCGAAUCAAACCGAAGAAAUUAAUGUAAAAGGAUGACCAAACUCAAAGACUGGAAACUGUGACUAAAAUAUGCUUCUCUAAAGUGGAGGAUUUCAUGGAAAAAAUGAAAAAAUUUAAGCGCCGGCUUUCCCUAACAUUGCGUGGCAGCCAAACAAUUGAUGAGUCUCUAUCGGAGCUUGCAGAGCAAAUGACUGUGGAAGAGAACAGCAGUAAAGACAAUGAGCCAAUUGUGAAGAAUGGCAGGCCUGCAACAUCGCACAGUAUGCACUCCUUUCUCCACCAGUAUGCAGGCUCUUUCAAAAAGCCUCCUCUACGGAGACCCCAUAGCGUGAUUGGUGGGAGCCUUGGCUCUUUCAUUUCCAUGCCCAGGAAUGGUGGUGGUAGAUUAGAUAUAGUGCAUGAGAAUCUGAAAAUAGGUUCAGAUGGUGAGAGUGAUCAAGCUUCUGGGACUUCGUCUGAUGAGGUGCAGUCGCCCACACGUGUUCGAAUGAGAAAUCACCUACACAGACGAAUCUCCAUGGAGGAUGUCAACAAACGGCUAUCGUUACCUGCUGAUAUUAGAUUACCUGAUGGAUAUUUGGAAAAACUGCAGAUGAAGCCCCCUUUCGACCAGCCAAUGAGUAGAAAAUCUCGCCGAGCAUCUCUGUCUGAGAUUGGAUUUGGGAAACUAGAAACCUACAUUAAGUUGGACAAACUUGGAGAGGGUACCUAUGCAACAGUAUUUAAGGGGAGAAGCAAGCUGACUGAUAACCUGGUGGCAUUGAAAGAAAUUAGGCUGGAACAUGAAGAGGGUGCACCUUGCACAGCGAUACGGGAAGUGUCAUUACUGAAGGACUUGAAGCAUGCAAACAUAGUCACUUUACAUGAUAUUAUUCAUACAGAAAAGUCAUUGACACUAGUCUUCGAAUACUUGGACAAGGACCUGAAACAGUAUAUGGACGACUGUGGAAAUAUAAUGAGUAUGCACAAUGUGACGAUAUUUUUAUUCCAGAUUUUAAGGGGCUUGGCCUAUUGUCACAAACGGAAGGUGUUACACCGAGACCUGAAACCACAGAACCUGCUGAUUAAUGAAAAAGGGGAACUGAAGCUUGCCGAUUUUGGUUUGGCAAGAGCCAAGUCCGUUCCUACAAAGACAUAUUCCAAUGAGGUUGUGACUUUAUGGUACAGACCUCCAGAUGUACUCCUGGGUUCUUCAGAGUAUUCAACACAGAUCGACAUGUGGGGUGUUGGUUGUAUCUUCUAUGAAAUGGCAGCUGGAAGACCUCUCUUUCCUGGAUCCACUGUAGAAGAUGAAUUGCACUUGAUCUUCAGGCUAUUGGGAACACCCACAGAGGAGGCAUGGCCAGGAAUAUCUUCAAAUGAGGAAUUUAAGGCUUACAACUUUCCCAAAUAUAAACCGCAACAACUGAUAAAUCAUGCACCAAGAUUGGACACAGAAGGAAUCGAUCUGUUAUCCAGUUUUUUACAAUACAAAGCCACGAAGAGAAUUUCUGCAGAUGACGCUAUGAAGCAUCUUUAUUUUAAAAAUCUGGGAUCAAAGGCACACACUUUACCAGAUGGCACCUCAGUAUUUUCAUUAAGUGAAAUUCGGUUGCAAAAAGAUCCUGGCUACAGAACCUCAUCAUAUCCAGAGACGGCACAUGGGAAGAACAGAAGACAGAGCAUGUUGUUCUAGGUUAUCGAGCAAAAUCAUAGACUUGAGUCCCAUUGGCUUGCCAUUUCACAUCGCUCAUAUCUAGGAUUUUGAUUUGAAGACAACAAUUUCCAUAAUGUAGAGUGGAUUAGACUUGAACAAUAACGUGUCUCUUUUACUGCCUCUCUUGCGAUGUUGUCUUUUCUUCAGAUAUAUAGAUUGUUUUAUAUUUGCAGGGUCACGGUGUGACAUUUUAUUAUAUAUAUUGUACACACUUGUGUGCAUGUGUGUGAAUACAUAUAAUACAAGCGUGUACAUAACACACAGAGAUAAAACAGUUAUAUGAUUCAUCUAUGCUGUUAAUAGCCAGUAAGUUGCAGCUCCUGUUGUAACUUCACUUGCAGUUUUGUGCGGUGCUGGAAACAAAAGUGCUUAUUUAUUGGGAAUCAUUGCUGCUAAAAGACUACUGUCCAUAAACCACAUUGUGGUUGUAUACAGAAAAAUGUGAGUGGCUUGUGAAUGCAUCUAUUUCUCCCAGUAUCUAUUUCCAGCAUUUUGCAAAUUUUACUGUGACGUUUGAUUGCAAAUGCUCUUAAAUGCAUAAUAUUAGAACUGCCUCACCUCUUAAAAUAUGAUUGUGAUGUGCUAUCUUUUACCUUCAAUGUUCAUCGGUUAAAACAUUUAGAUUUGUUCUGAAAUUUUGUGGCCAAUAGACUAAUUGAAUAGUGUAUUUUUUAUAUAUAUAUAUAUAUAUAUAUAUAUAUAU